UGUGGUCGCCUGCAGAGCCAGGAUUUAUCUUGAGGGUGGUGGUGGCCACCAGAGGGUGUAAGGCAGGCAAUGGCUAAGGGGGGUAAUGGCACCUGUGAAGGAGGGCUUGGAGGUGUCACGUCCCAGCUGAGCAACAAGACCUGAGCCGGGGCCGGGGCUCCACCCCCAGCACAAAUUCUCAGAGUGGGUUUUCUCAGGGGAGAUGAGAGCAGUCAGAGAGGGAAGAUGAGAAGUCUUGAGAGAGCCAAAUGCCUCCUCAGGGUUGGAGAGGCAGGAAGCCUCCUAAUGCCUGGCGAGAAGCACUCCUGGGCUUGCCCUCCCCAUCCUGACCCGCUGCUGCUAAUGGAGCCUUGCUCCCUGCUUCCUCUCGUGGUCCCCCCUCCUCGUGGGGACCAUGACGUGUCUGGGCCUUCGCCACUAGCCCGCCUCGGUCCCCGCCGCGGCGACCUGGCUUGGUUGCAUGCUCUUCCACCCAGCUGUCACAGAGCCUUGUGUGGGGCUUGCUAUGGGACUCGCUGGGCCUCAGUUCCCAGCCGGAUCAUGGUUCAUCAAACUCUUACAAGAAAAUGUAAGUAAAUACAAAGAUAAAAGCAAAGGAGCUCAGGUUGAAGUGGGAUGGGGGCUCCUCAGGCUGCCCUAAGUAGAGGAGACUCAGCUGGGGGAUUUGGAGCCUGCUGGACCGGAUGAUCUCCAAAGCCCAGGGAAAGAUGUCAGGAGACCUAGACUUCCAGCCCCUUAUUAGAGGGGAAUCCCAACCCUUUGAACCAAGGUCACUGGGGAUGAUGGGCAAAACCCUGGAAAAAGGACACCAGAUGGGCCACUGAAAAAAGGAUCAUUAUUGCCAUUUUGCAGAAGAAGAAACUGAGGCUCAGAGAAGUAUCAAAGGAGGUGAGGCAAGAUGGGACUCAAGGCUGUGGUGUUCAAGGGCAAAUCCCUUGCCUCUGUGCCUCAGGCCUAAGUCACCUGUUGUGGUAGCUCAGACCCUGUGUUUCUCAGGGAUGCAGUUUCUUCUGCUGUAAAGUAUGGGACUUGACCAGAGCAGGAGCAGAACCUGGGCUGCCCACCUUCCUGUCGACUGGAGGCUGCGGCAGAGCCCUGGCUCCUCAUAAUGGUAACAAAGGAAUUUUUUCUCUGGACCUAAAUAGCAGUUACAGUAGAGGGCUGAUGGGAGGGGCAAGAAGGGGCGUGGCUGAGGCCUCCAGUGUCCAGGGGGCCUUCCGCACACUGAGACCCCAAGGCCCGGACUCUGUAAGUAGGGGCCACAGAGAUUCCUAGCCCCCUAGAAGCUGCAUGGACCAGCUUGGACAAUAUGUGGAGGAGGCUGGACAAGAGGCCUUUGUGUCUCCCGGGUGAAGGUCCCUGGGGCACUGCCGAGGCGGCUGAGCCACACAGGACUGUGUGUCCAUCCUGCUCCCGCUCCUGGCAAGGCUGCAGCCAGGUCGCAGUCAGCUGAUGUGGAGCCCAGCAGGACUCAAGGUCCCAGGGUCCUGGGCAAGCUCCUUGGCCACAGAAACAGACCUCCUGUGCACUGGUCCAGACACUGACUGUCUAAAGCCAUACAUGGAAGGUCACUGGUUGUUGGGAGGGUGAGUGUAAUUGCCUCUAAUUCACAGAAAAGGAGGCCCUGAAAGGGGCUGGAACUGGGUCAAGGUCUCCCAGAGUCAGUGCUGAAGCUGAGCCAGAACAUGCACUCCUGACGCCUAGACCAGAAUGAGAGAGAGGGGGGCAUUCAUUCAUUCAUCCAUUCAAACAUCCAACAAGUAUUGAACAACUCCUGGGACCUCUGGGACCAGUGAGAAGAAGGCAGACAGACCUGGUCCCUGCUCUCCUGGAGCUCACAGUCCAGGAAAGGGACAGACAUAAGGUCCCUGGCCACAGGAGCCACGGGAGUGGGGUUGAGGGUAGAGAAGGGAGUGAUGUCUGUGUCUGGAGUCGUCUGAGAAGGCAGCUCAAGGGAAGCAGCUGAAGAUGAUGGACCAAGAAAAGCCGAGUGUUCAGGAAAUUUCUAGUGACUCUUUUUGGCUGAGAUUAAGCACAGAGAGCACAGGGGAGGCUCCCCCCACCCUCCUCCCCAGAGGUGGAGAGUCAGAACCCUGAAUGCCCGGAUUUCCUCCUGGAAAUAGAAGGCGAGUGCUCUGAGCAAGGUGCCUGGGAAGAGUGGACACAGGUUCGGGGAAGGUCUCGCGGUGGGCAGCGACAGGGGCCACAAGAAUGCCAAACUUUGCAAAACUUUAGCGUCUCUGAAAACCACUCAUCAUCCCGUAUGAGGAAGCCCAGAGAGCCUCGGUCCCCAGGCGGUAGGACAGUCGCCGCCAGCCCCUCCCCGGGCAGCACCCGAAGCGGACGCCCUGACCCCGCGGCCCUAUCGCCCCGCAGCGUCCCCAAGUGGUUGGCGGAGUGUCUGUCGGGACAGGAGGUGGUGAUGGCUGUGCCUGGGUCUGUCCAGAGUCCGUCCCGCCUCCGGCCUGACCCGGCAGGGUAGGAAGCCGGGCGGGGCUCUCAGGCACGUGGGUCCCCGCCGCGGCGACUGGACGCUGGCGCUGGCAACCGGGAGUCGCGGCCGGGGCACUGCGGGCUGACGAGCGCCCUGCGAGGUGAGAGCGGGCCGCCUGCAGGGCCCGGAGACGAGGAGACGGCGGCGGGCGGGCCCGGAUACGCGGCCGGUGGCGGCUCAGCCGGCACCGGGCAGGCAGAGCGGAGCGCGCGGGGCUGGCCGAGGAGGCGCGGUUCCCAGCCGGUGUGAGCGCUCCGGCAGGUCCGUGGUAGAGCUGGGUCUCCACUGGAGCUUCGAUCUUGGGGAAUGUGGACGGAUACCCGCACGGAUACCCGGGUGAACGUGCACGGAUACCCGGACCAAGAUUGGAGCAGAAGAGGCAGCCCGGGGAAGGCUCAGCCUGGCUGACUUCCGGUGACCCAGAGCCCAAGCUGUCUCCACCUCCCUGUCUCAGGAGCCCAGGCACUGCCUGCCCUGAGAAAUGCUGGAAGCUGGGCGAGGCCCCAAGCCAGGGGACCUGUUUUUCCUGUUUCCCACAGAGUUCCCUGCAGCUCGGUCCAGGGGUCCAGGCGGGUGCAUUCAUGAGUGAGGAAUCUGAGCCUGCGCUGAGCAUCCUGACAGUGAGAGCAGGGGCUGGUCAGAUGAGGGAACAAAGGCAGUCUGUGUCCAGAGGCCGGGUUCUUCUUAAUCACCGGAGUUUGCUGCGCUGAUGGACAGAGCUGUAAUUUGAACAGGGCGAUGGCCACAGGCCCGGGCCUCUGGAAUGGCACCAUCAAUGGCACCUGGGAUGGGGAUGAGCUGGGCUACAAGUGCCGCUUCAAUGAGAACUUCAAGUACGUGCUACUGCCUGUGUCCUACGGCGUGGUGUGCAUGCUCGCGCUGUGUCUGAACGCCGUGGCUCUCUACAUCUUCCUGUGCCGCCUCAAGACCUGGAACGCCUCCACCACAUACAUGUUCCACUUGGCCAUGUCGGACGCGCUGUACGCGGCCUCCCUGCCCCUGCUGGUCUAUUACUACGCCCGCGGUGACCACUGGCCCUUCAGCACAGUGCUCUGCAAGCUGGUGCGCUUCCUCUUCUACACCAACCUUUACUGCAGCAUCCUCUUCCUCACGUGCAUCAGCGUGCACCGAUGCCUGGGUGUCCUGCGUCCACUGCGCUCGCUGCGCUGGGGCCAGGCCCGCUACGCCCGCAGGGUGGCCGUCGCCGUGUGGGUGCUGGUGCUGGCCUGCCAGGCACCCGUGCUUUACUUCGUCACCACCAGUGCACGUGGUGGCCGCAUUACCUGCCACGACACCUCGGCACCCGAGCUCUUCAGCCACUUCGUGGCCUACAGCUCCAUCAUGCUGAGCCUGCUCUUCGCGGUGCCCUUCGCCAUCAUCCUGGUCUGUUACGUGCUCAUGGCUCGGCGGCUGCUAAAGCCGACCCACGGGACCUCGGGAGGCCUGCCGCGGGCCAAGCGCAAGUCGGUGCGCACCAUUGCCGUGGUGCUAGCUGUCUUCGCCCUCUGCUUCCUGCCUUUCCACGUCACCCGCACCCUCUACUACUCCUUCCGCUCGCUGGACCUCAGCUGCCACACCCUCAACGCCAUCAACAUGGCUUACAAGAUCACCCGGCCGCUGGCCAGCGCCAACAGUUGCCUUGACCCCGUGCUCUACUUCCUGGCUGGGCAGAGGCUCGUGCGCUUUGCUCGGGACGCCAAGCCACCCACAGACCCCACCCCUACCACCCAGCUUCGCCGCAGGCUGGGCCUGCAUAGGUUCAACAGAACUGACACUAAGAGGACAGAAGACUCGGCCAGCAGUGAGGACUCUAGACAGAUAGAGUCCACACCGCCUGGUAGUGAAAACACUAAGGACAUCCGGCUGUAGGACCGGAACCCCUUGGGCCUGUGCCAGUUUGUAUCGGGUGGGACUGUAGACUUGUCCAAAUGGGACAGUCUCCCCAGAUAUGGGCCAUCAGUGAAUCAGGCCGGAUGGUCAAGGGGGCCGUGACCCCAGUGCUCUGUCAUUUGACAGGGGCGCAGUUUGUUCUCUGUGGUCCAGAGAGCUCAGCAGUCCCCACAUCCUGAGUCACCAUUUGUAUGUGAGAUGUGGGGAGUAAGGUUUUAAGAAAGGCAAGUGUUUGGGGCCAGCACUGCCCCUGGCCUGAAUCCCACAUAAAUACCUGGCUGUGCCUGCCAAGGUACCUAGGCUGGGCUCCAGACUAAUCAAGUCAAGUGGAGAAACAGGCCCAGAGAGGAAAGUGACUUAACCAAGGUCACACAGCCAAGCCUGUGCCUGAGCUGCCUGGGAGGGACAGGGUCGCAGGUUGACCAGAGGACGCUGGUAAGGAGUCAGGGCCGAGCCAGAGGUUCCCACGAUGAGUCGGAGUGGUCUGAGUGCCACUGUGGGCUCAGCUCUGAGGGGGACGCCCAGCCCAAAGGAUGAACGUCUGGGAACUGAUGUCAUAAACCCAUCUGGAGGCUGGGAGCCAGUUUGAGGCUGGGACUUGUACUAAAGGUGUUGUUACCUGCUGAGCCGGACCCCGUUGUGUAGUUGGAGGUUGGGGAUACAGCCUGGGGAGCUCUCACCAUCCACACUAGGGUCCUUUCUCCAACCUGUUCUCUUCUGCCUCCCCAGUAGCUGCCUCAGUGGUGGUCUCGUACGAGGAAUAUAAAUGUACUCUCCAGACCCCAGGUCAUCCUCCACUUUAAAGUUAACUGGCUUUUAUGCCUGGUUUUGCUGGGUACAGAGGGGAGUCAGGUGGGGUCCCAGUCCUCAGGAUCCCCCAGUUUAGGAUUUAAUGGCGAUGACCAGUCAUGCGCUGGUAAAAGUUCAACCAUUUAGCUGACUCUCGGUGGGGGGUGCGGGGGUGAGGGGAACCCCUUAUUUGCAGCAUUGCCAGUUUCUGUGGUACAAAUACUCCUGCCACAGCCAGUUUCAGACUACCAAUGUGAUACCAGCCUCCUUGCAAAAUUCCUGAAAAAUUAACAGAGGGCUCUUGAGAGCAGGUACAAGUUUCUCUAGCACACCACUGGAUAAUGCUGAGUGGUUGGGGCAGUGGACCAGGGCAUCAGGGAAGGCUUCCUGGAGUGGGUGGACUUCUGAGAAAAGCACUUCAUCAGAGAAGAACAUCCAGGUGCAGGUGCGUUCUAGGCAAAGACAUGGGGGCAGGAGAGCAGGGCCUGCAGGAACUGGAAGCUGGCUGGGCAGUUGGUACCCAGGUUCAAGGCAGGAAUGGGGAGGGUGGGCGGGUCACAAGGAGGCCAAGUCAGGGCUCCCUCCUUGCCCUGACAAUGAGGUUUCUUUUGCACUGGGGAUAAGCGUGGGAGAGAUUCACUCUUCCUGUCCAGUCCUCUGCCUCUUGGGAAAAUCCAGCUACCUGGCAUAAUGGUUGGUGCUCAGGCUGGGUCAGAGCUUAGUGUGGGGGAGAUGAGUGUCACCUGGGACAGGUUCUGGGUCUAGCCAGGACCACUCUGGAGAUGUGUGGAGUUCAUCUGGACAGGGCCCAGCCCUAGCCUUUGGGCAGGAAUAGGGCAAAACUGACAGACCUCACUUUGAACCUCAAGGAUAAGGACUCUCUCUCUCUCUCUCUCUCUCUCUCUCCCUCUCCCUCUCCCUGUGGGAGAGCCCUUGCCCGAUGGGCCCACUCUGCCUGAGAGAUGGUUCUUCUCUCCCCACCCCACCUACACCUACCUCCUAUGACUUCUCCACCCUUCCCACUCUGCCUCUUCAAAACGGCACCCCCCAGAGGUUGCUCACAUGGGCUCCCCCAUGUGACAGGGACCUGUCGUAAGCCAUGACCCAAAUGAUGCCUCUGCACUGUGCAAUGUGGGUGACUUGCCCAGAGUAGUGUGAAAUGCUCACCUCCCACAUUCUAGGUUCUAUACUCCUGUUAAUGUAGCCUGGGUCCUUAUGAGCAUUUUUGUGAUGACCUCUUACAGUCUGCCCUUGAACAUUUCUUGCAGGCCUGAGCCUAUCUCUUUCUUACCAGCUGCUGCUCAGGCUGAACCCAAUCCCGGUUUAUAAGGUGCCUCUACCCAGGUGAGAUACUCUACUGGCCAGGAGUGUUAAUGCUGAGCUCUGACCCCCUCAGCCCUGCUCAGACUCAGAGACAGGGAGUUAUACAUUGUGACUUUGGGGGCUCUCGAGUGUCUAUCUGUGGUUGGGGAUGGGGCUGUGUCCACCACAGGCCCAAGUUCCCCUAUAGUCCCCAUUCCUUUCAUGUCCUGCCCAGUUACCCCUCCAGCAGCUGUCCUGGAGACCCCAAGAACUGAGAGCCCCACAGCACAUAGAGACCACACUAUGGCCUAGUGCCAGGAUGCCUUCCUUAAAGCAACUGCCUACAGAUUUCUAAGGACACAGGAGCUAGGGGACAGGAGGGCCUGACUCACCAUCUAAUCCUGUGGCAGGCACUGGUGGGGGUGGGGAAUGAAGACCCUAAGGGAACCAGGGACAGGCCCAGGGCCCCUCCUGCGGACCCUCGUCAAACCGUCUGGCUCUUCGGUGUGGACAUCUGGCCUUGUUCUCAGUGCCCAGGCCCCCCGCCUGGUGGGUGAGGUUCUUUACUCUGUUGCCGUAUACUAUUUUCAGCCCAAGUAAGAACAGGAUUUUCCACUCCCAGCCCCAGACCAUUGUCCAGCAGUGACGUGGAGGGACCUGCCUGCUCUCAAAAUAUCUCCUCUUACUCUCUGGGCCUUGCUGCCCUUUCCCCACCUCCUCGCCCUGACAUCACUUCCUGGGGCUGUUGACUCCUGAAGGACGCUGUGAAAUGUCACAGCCCCUGACAGGGACCCCAGGGAUUAUCCAGCCCAGCUGCAGACUCAAGGCCAGAGAGGGGCAGGGCCUUGUCCAAGGUCACUCAGCAGGUCAGCGUGGCGCCUCGUCGUGCGCCAGGGGCUCGGGCUGCCCCUGCAGCUCUGCUCCAUUUAGUGCAGGUCAGUGCCUUUGUGGGAAUCCUGCCAUCACCCCCACCACCCCAGCUCUUCCCACCUCUGAUGGAGCUGGGGAGCUGAGGCCAGGGACCUGGGGCGGAGGGGGGCGGGGAGAGCAGCUGGGAGGAGUAAAUGCCUGCUGACUGGCCUACAGCAGCUCUUCUCAGUGAGCUCCGUGCAACGGGGGCAGGGGCCCUGGCACAUAGGGGUCUCUGCCCCGGGUGGCAUUUGUCCCAGGAGGGACACUCUUACCCUCCAAAGGCUAGGAAAGGCCCUGGCCAACAUGCCCUCCAGACACAGUUACUCCUAUCUUGGUCCAAGUCAGGCCACCAAAGCUACCCCUCUGCCACCACCCUUGUCAAGGCAGAUUUGGGCUGAUCUGUUUAGAGCCAGGCCCCUGAGGAAGGGAGCUAAGGUACUGACCCAUGUCCCGGGCACCAGGCAGCGCCCUGUCACAUCCAUUAUUAUUUAUUCUUUACCACCACCGUGUGAAAUAGACAUUAUUACCCCCAUUUAGCAGAUGAGAGGACAGGCUCUGAGAGGUGAGGACUUGCUCCAGGUUAUACAGGCAGUAAACGGGUGAGUCAAGAUUGAGUUCAGGUCCAUCUGAUGCCCAGAUUAGUUCCCUUUCCAGUAUCGCAUGCCACUUGCAACCCCUGCGGGGCAGGAGAGUUUGUAAGCGACCCUUUGUGUGAUUCAAGAUGAGAGAGGCAGUCUAGUGAGGAUGGAGUUAAGAGCACCCGUUCUCUGCCCAGACCACCUGCGUUUGAGGGUUGUCUGCACUUCUUCCAGCUGUGGCACCUUGGGCAAAUCAAUCUUGCAGCACCUCCAUUUUCUCAUUUCUAGAAGGAGAUACUACCUCCCACGUAGGGCAUUGGGAGGCUUACCUGAACGAAUACACAUGAAGCACUUAGAACAGGACCUGGCACAUGAUAAGCGUUUACACACCAGGCACUGUGCCAAGGGGAUACAGAGGCGAGCCAGCUGGACCCUGCCCUCAGGGAGUUGACAUAACUUAAUAAGUAACCACAUUGGGAUAAGUGAGUUGAGGGAAAGGACAGUGUGUCCGGCCAGCAAGCAAUAGAGUGUCCCCUGUGGGUGAGGCUUCCCCAGGGUGUGCGGGGAAAGAGCAGGUCCAUCCUGGGGUGAGGUGUGGGACUACCCUCUGCCCUGCUUGGCACUGGGUGGCACUCAGGCUCAUGAGCUUGUGUGUGUUUACAGAACCUUGUCCAGGCGAUGGGCUGUGGAAGGGCAGUAAGGAGAAGUGAUGGCAGGAGGAGGAAGAUGAGGAUGCCUCUGAUCUUCCAGAGCCCUCCCCUAUGGGCUUGAGGGCUCCCACCCACCCAUGGCAGCAGGCUUAGCCAUUUCUCCCAGACUGGUGGUGCCCACCACAGUGUGCUGCAGCCUCUCCUUGGUUUAUCCAAGAGUCAGAGACCCAGGGCUGGAGGACUGGCCUGGAGCUGGGCCAGAGCAGGCAAUGGAUGGGCAGUUUUUGCUGUGUGACCUGAGGCCAACUGCUUGCCCUCUCUGUGUCACUCUAUAGAACCUGAAGACCUUGCUUCCCACAUUCCAGUUCUCCCUACCUUAGGGCAGCAGCCACCCAGAUUUUUCAUCAAAGACACAACUAACAGCUACUCCCCCAGGCACUCCCAAGACCCCAUGAGCCCUCAGUUCUGAGGACUAGAGUGGGGCAGUGGGUCUCCCCUAGUAUCAAGUGACCAGAAAGGUGAAGUGACUCCACUGGCACCACACAUUGCCUUGGAGUGGAGCCAGUUGAAUGUCUGAUGCUUCUGCCUCCUGUGGGGUGGAGGCUGGAACUUGGCCAGGAGUCACUGGGCUGCAGGAUGAAGGAUGCAUUUACCUUCCCCAGGGGUAUGUGCUUGAGGUGUGGGGUGAAGGGUGGGGGAAAUGAGCUCCAGAAGCCAAACUCAUCCUCCUCUGUCCUGAUGCACCAUGUGACAUGGUGAAUUUUUUCUUUCUGGGCCUCAGUUUCCAAUUUCCCCAUGUGCAGCGGGCCCUGGCUCUGCCCGGCCACUCCAGCCUCCUCAGUAGGGCUCGCCUCUCUCUUGGCUCCAGCUCAGCCAGGUGUCCAGUCUCAGCCCUGUCCCAGCCAGGAACAAUGGGCCAGACCGAGCCAGCCCCCAGGGGCUCACCUGAGACUAUUUUCAGCCCUUGGAGAUGAAGUCAGAAAAGGAUUUUCCACUCCCAGCACAAUGGCUGCCCUGCACCAUUGUCCAGCAGGCAUCCGCCUGCCCCAAAGUAUUGCCCCUGCUUCUACCCUCUGGGCCUCCCUGCCCUACUCCUCACUUCCCAAACUUGACAUCACUUCCUGGACCUGUUACUCCUAAAAGCCACUGUGAAACAGCAUGUGAGCCCCCUGGGAGACGUGACCAACUGGAAUCAGUUUUCCCUCUUGGCAGGGACCCCAGGGAUUAUUUGGCUGCAUUGAGAGACGGGAGACCAGAGAGGCCUGUGCCUCACCCAGGGUCAUGCAGCGGUCAGCAUAGAGACGAACUGUGAGGCCAGGGCUCUCUGGCUUCUUCCGUUUCCUCCAUCAGCACUGGUCUGUACCUCCUGGGAGUGACAGCUCAUCUUGGAAGGCCUGGGGUGGACAUCCUGGGGAGAAGCCUGAGUGAUGUGGGUGAGAGGGGGUGUACCUUGGGUUCUGACCUUGGAGCUCCCGAUUCAGUCCUGUUUGUACCAACUGUGACUUUAGUGUGUGCUGAACUCAGAGUCACCAAGUAGCAGCUUCAGGGAAAGGAGGAGGUGUGGGGACACAGGGAAGCUGAGGCAGGAAGAUCAGGGUUCUGGCCCAGUUUAGCCACCACUAGCCCUGUGAUUGCAAACUCAGUUUCUUCAUCUGUAAAAUGGAACUGAUAGUACCUCCUUUUCCAGUUUACUGAACAGUGAGCAUGCAGUAAGGCACAAAUGUGCAACUGUUUUAUUUUUCUCCCAUCGACUCUCUCUGCUUGAUGACGUCUAAUGUCCCUUUUCCAUCCACAACUGCAUAUUUGGUAAACUCCACAACUUUGAGUCACUUUUGGAUAACAACUGAAGUUCAGUCCAGUUUAAAAUUCCAAUCGCCUACUUAAUUUACUGCUCCCUCCUCCUCUUCCCCUGUGCUGGGAGGACCCUGCUCCCUCUCCUUUGCGUGCCCCUCUCCUCUGGAUGUGGGGCAAGGUGAGGAGGAAAGGGACCAGUGGAUCAUCCCCAGAACUGCCACAGCCCCCUCUUGCUGUCCUUGCUUCUCUGAUCCUGACAACCUGUCAUUAGUGCCCCUCUGCAUGGAAUCCCCCAAACACCAGACCACACUUUUGUAAAAGUCUCUUCAUUAAACAAUCCCAAAGUCA